AGAUUUAUAUUUACAACAAAUAUAAGGUUAGAAGUUAUAAGUGUUGUGUAAAGUGUUUACGUGCAAAUAAAUAUUAUAUUUAUUAAAUAAAAAAUGCCUUCGGCGGAUAAAAGAAAAGCUGGAGGUGGUGACGAAAUUUUGGCUUUGGUACCAGCAUCAAAACGUACCAAAAAUGAAGUUGUUUUUAGCAGCCGGGAAAAAGCGGUUGUUCAAAGUGGUCCACCAAGAACAUCAUCAUUAUCAUCACCAAUAAUGUUGCUGGAAGGACAUCAGGGUGAUAUAUUUUCAGUUGAAUUUCAUCCAGAAGGACAAUAUUUAAUUUCAACUGGUUUUGAUCGUCAAAUCUUUAUAUGGAACGUUUAUGGAGAGUGCGAAAACAUUGGCGUAAUGUCAGGCCACAGUGGAGCAGUAAUGGAACUCCAUUUCAGUCCAGAUGGUAACUUUGUUUACACAGCAAGUACUGACACAACUUUAGGACUCUGGGAUUUUAUUGCCGGUACGAGAAUAAAAAAAUUAAAAGGACAUAGCUCCUUUGUCAAUUCUGUCGGUGGUGCUCGUCGUGGACCAACACAAUUAUGUUCUGGUAGUGAUGAUUGUACGAUUAAAAUAUGGGAUCCAAGGAAGCGGGGACAGUGUAAUACACUUGAUAAUUCAUAUCCGGUAACGACAGUUACAUUCAAUGACACGGCUGAACAAGUAAUAACUGGUGGCAUUGACAACGACAUUAAAAUAUGGGACUUGAGAAAAAAUUCAGUACUCUACAAAUUAAAAGGUCACACAGACACAAUUACUGGAUUAAGCCUAAGUCCAGACGGUUCGUACAUUCUGUCGAACUCAAUGGACAACACCGUUCGCAUUUGGGAUGUCAGACCUUUUGCGCCUUUCGACAGGUGCGUGAAAACCCUCAUAGGUCACCAGCAUAAUUUCGAGAAGAAUUUAUUGCGAUGCGCCUGGUCGCCGGAUGGCAGCAAAGUCUCUGCUGGUUCCAGUGAUCGUUUCCAUUACAUCUGGGAUACGACAAGUCGCAGAAUUCUUUAUAAAUUACCUGGUCACAAUGGCUCCGUUAAUUCCGUUGAUUUUCAUCCUAAAGAACCUAUUGUUUGCUCAGGGUCGAGUGACAAACAAAUUUUCUUGGGAGAAAUCGAACCAACAAAUUAAAUAUAAAUUGUAUAAAUUUAAAUUUCAAUGUAUUAAAAAAAAUUAUAUAAAAAAUA